AUGGAAUCGGUAUCCGCGAAGUCACCUCUCAAACGUGUUGGUUUGAGUCAAGGAGCUACAAAUGGCAUCCAAAGCAUAGUCCAUUUACAAUUCCGAAAGGAACAUCGUUCUCUCUUGACCCUCUUUGAGGAUUUGAAAAUUAAGAUAGAUAAGACAUCUGCAGAUGCAGAACGACGCUUUGAGGAAUCACAAAAACAACUGAAGGAUACCGAGAAUCGAUUGGAGAAGUUAGAAAAUGAGUGGAGAGAUUUGAUGCAGAGGAAUCGCAAGUGGGAGGAUGAAGUGCGGAGUUUGAAGGAGAAGAUGGAGAGGUUGAGUGGGCUGAUGAGUUUACAAGAUGCAUCUGCAGAGCUGAUUCUUGCUCGUGGCGGUGAUACAGAGUUGCGAAAGGAUCAGUUGUCAGCCGAAACUACUUUGUCUGGUCAUGGUGCGGAUGCCGCGGAUCUGCAGCAGUUGACGGAGCGACCUACCAUGAUCCCUCCUCGAGGAACUAUCGAUGCGCGUGAGCAACGUACGUCUGCAUCCACUGCAGAGCAACGCCAAACAGUUUCACAAUCCGUUUCAGUCUUGUCGGCAGAAAUUGAUGUAUCUCUUAGUGAUCGCAAUCCUCGUACGCCAAACAGACGUCAAUCAAGCCAAGCAAUAUCACCACUCACGCAUGAUGGUCCAAUGAGUCCACCCCCUCCCCCUCGACUACCACUCGCAGCUACUACACCGACAAAUAAGAAAAUUCCCCCACUAUCAAGCAAAUCAUUACCAAAUGCAAAAUCCCGCAAAGCUGCCCAUCCCCCUCCAUGGAUCAAUAUCUCGCAGACCCCGGAUCAAACCAUCGAAGCCUAUCUAGCUCUCGCAACAGAAUAUAACAAGGCUAUUAAAUCACGCAAAUCUCGAUUCGAGUUCAUCGCUAGAUUUAUCAAAGGAUUGCUAAAGGAAAAUGAUCGCGAAGUCUUGCUCAAGCAGCUGCAGAAGAAAUUCCAGUCCCGAACUACGAAGGAUGGUUUCGUGGAGGUUAUGUGUGGAUUUUCUGAUGUGGGAGAGGGAUUAGUGGAUGCUGGAUUGAUUGGUGGAGUUGAAGGUACGAGUGGGAAGAGAGGUGCUCAUGAUGCCGGUAUGGAUCAUGGAGGAAUGGAUACACUACACCAGAAGAGAAGAAAGACUUUGGAAUCUCAAACGUCGAAUGAUGAUGAGUUGUGA